AAACAUUAUUAUAUUUUGUUAACGUAUAACCACCACUACCUGAAGUUAAAAUUCGAUUCCUACUUCUCUACCUCUUCGUCGUCGUCUUCUUCUUCGAUCCCCCAAAACCGAAACCCUAACCCUAACCUCCCCAUUUUGCUCCGAUCAUUCUUCGCCGGAAUUCUCAGAGGCAGCGAAGAUGGUGUUAGCACAGCUAGGUACGAGCAUAUCGCGUGCUCUUCAGCAGAUGAGCAAUGCGACCAUAAUCGACGAGAAGGUCCUCAACGAAUGCCUCAACGAGAUCACUCGCGCUCUCUUGCAAUCCGAUGUGCAAUUCAAGCUGGUCCGCGACAUGCAGACCAAUAUCAAGAAGAUCGUCAAUCUUGACGACCUCGCCGCCGGCCACAACAAGCGCAAAAUCAUCCAGCAAGCUAUAUUUAACGAACUCUGCAAAAUGCUGGAUCCUGGGAAGCCUUCUUUUACUCCAAAGAAAGCGAAACCAAGUGUUGUUAUGUUUGUAGGUUUACAAGGGUCGGGAAAAACCACAACGUGUACAAAAUAUGCAUAUUAUCAUCAGAAAAAGGGCUGGAGGCCGUCCCUCGUGUGUGCGGAUACAUUCAGAGCUGGUGCUUUUGAUCAGCUGAAGCAAAAUGCCACUAAAGCUAAGAUUCCAUUUUAUGGAAGCUAUACAGAAUCAGACCCUGUUAAAAUUGCAGUGGAAGGUGUAGAAAGAUUCAAAAAAGAAAACUGUGAUCUGAUCAUUGUUGACACCAGUGGGCGUCACAAACAAGAAGCUGCUCUUUUUGAAGAAAUGCGUCAAGUUUCUGAAGCAACGAAACCAGAUCUUGUCAUAUUUGUUAUGGAUAGCAGUAUUGGUCAGGCUGCCUUUGAUCAAGCUCAAGCUUUCAAGCAAAGUGUUUCAGUUGGAGCUGUAAUUGUUACGAAAAUGGACGGGCAUGCAAAGGGAGGUGGUGCCCUUAGUGCUGUUGCAGCAACAAAGAGUCCUGUUAUAUUUAUUGGAACUGGGGAGCAUAUGGAUGAGUUUGAAGUUUUUGAUGUUAAACCAUUUGUCAGCCGUCUCUUAGGCAUGGGUGACUGGUCUGGAUUUAUGGACAAAAUUCAAGAAGUUGUUCCUAUGGAUCAGCAGCCUGAACUUCUGCAAAAGCUUUCAGAAGGGAACUUUACAUUAAGGAUUAUGUAUGAGCAAUUUCAGAAUAUAAUGAAAAUGGGUCCAAUUAGCCAGGUUUUCUCAAUGCUUCCAGGAUUUAGUGCUGAGUUAAUGCCAAAAGGUCGUGAAAAGGAAAGUUCAGCAAAGAUCAAGCGGUACAUGACCAUGAUGGACUCCAUGACAAAUGAAGAGUUGGAUAGUUCAAAUCCAAAGCUCAUGAAUGAAUCUCGUAUGAUGCGGAUAGCCCGAGGUUGUGGUCGUCAACUUAUAGAAGUAAUGGAGAUGAUGGAAGAGUACAAGCGCCUUGCCAAGAUAUGGAGCAAAAUGAAAGGGCUUAAGAUUCCUAAGAAGGGUGACAUGAGUGCCCUAUCACGUAACAUGAAUGCGCAGAACAUGAGCAAAGUCCUCCCCCCACAGAUGCUGAAGCAGAUUGGUGGCAUGGGUGGCUUACAAAACUUGAUGAAGCAAAUGGGAUCUACAAAAGACAUGAUGGGGAUGUUCGGAGGUGGAGACAAGUAGAUGUUGCCCACAGAUCUAUUGAUGACUUUGAGCUCACUUCCAACUAUGGCUGUAACAACCAUAUUGCCUUGUUGGACAGAAAGGCACACAGGUCCUAUGCAGGUUGAUACUACUGACCAUUCUGCUUUGCCAAAUCAAUAUAAAUCUAGUGACAUAAAAAACUUUCACAUCUGCUAAUUUGCCCUGUUAUGAUUGGUACAGAAUAAACUGACAUCAAUGGUUGGCUCAUGCAAAAAUGAUAUUACUCCAAUCAUAACUUGCCACCUUAAGAAGUUAUGAAAAAUGUUUGUGAAAUAUUUUGUAGUUUUAACAUUACUCUUGCCAAAUAUAUUUAUUCUUUAGAGGGCCACAUUUGGUUUAAUCUCAAGCAUAGUGGCAUUUUGUUGUAAUAUGAUUAUAUGAAAAAGUGAGCAUAGAAAUUCUCCCUA